GUCACGUGCCGAUUUCCCAAGCGGAGUUUCCACGACAGCUGGAAGCCGAGCGGGUAAAAAGGCGCAUCGCUUCUUUCCCUGAAAUAAUCUGGAAAAUAAAACGACUUGUGCUCGUCCCAGCUCCUCCAGAUAAACCCUGGUCUGGCAUGGGCGACAAGCGGAGCCCCACAAGGCCGAAGCGUCAACCGAAGCCCUCCUCCGACGAGGGGUUUUGGGACUGCAGCGUAUGCACCUACAAGAACACGGCAGAGGCUUUUAAGUGCAUGAUGUGUGAUGUGAGGAAGGGGACGUCAACCAGGAAACCUCGUCCCGUCUCUCAGCUCGUCUCUCAGCAGCAAGUAACGCAGCAGUUUGUUUUGCCGUCGCAGCCCAAAAAGGAAAAGAAGGAGAGGGUCGAGAAGGAAAAGGGCGAAAGAGAGCCAGCGCCCAAGAAGAACAGUCACAAGAAGAUGAGACCAAGAUUAAAAAACAUCGACCGGAGCAGCGCCCAGCACCUGGAGGUGACGGUUGGAGACCUCACGGUCAUUAUAACAGACUUUAAGGAGAAGGCCAAGCCCACGUCCGCCUCCGCUCCUUCGUCCAGCUCCGCCUCGUCGGCCGACCAUCACAGCCAGAACGGCUCUGGCUCAGAAAACACGGAAAAGGCUCUUUCGCUCUCCUCCCUGUCCCGAGGAGAGGGAAGCUCGGUCAACGGAGAGUCCCACUGAUCAUCCUGACUGGCAGCCUGCCUCUGGAGGGCUCUGUCCGCUGUCACUGGUGGAUAAACUGUUGGUUAUUCUUUGGAGGAGGGGGUUAUAUUUUGAAGAUUUUUUUUUUCUUUGUUGUUCCCAACCAGCUGAAAGAUUCACCUCAAUAUUCUGAAGACAUGUUUUGCUGAACUGACUAAAGUCUGCUGCUAGAAUAUGGACUUCCUGAAAGUUUGGUCCUAAUGAGGAACUUCUUAUAGAAACUUAGGACAAACUUUGGACAGACUACUGGAUCACUUCGAGCUGAAAUUCCUCUAAAACGUACUAUAUGACCAUCAUCAUCAUCAGGAACUUCUUCUACCCCCUACCUGGAGAUUUUCAGUUUGAGCAAAUGCUUUUCCAGUCUGACCAGCGACUCAAUCCCCACAGCAAACCGUCUUCUCUCAACCACAUCAGUCAACUUACAUAAUAUCUGCAGCAGGAUCAGCAACAAAAUGAAUGUGUAAAAGUCAUCUGACUGAAAAUGGCACUGAUUGGUGCCGUGGAAUGGUGUCGCAAAUAAUCUGCUUUUCUGUCUUUAUCAUAAUUUUUUUUCCCACAGAGAAACUCUACUAAGUGUUGAAUAAAAACAGACGUUUACAUCCUCUCAAUAAAUCAAGGUUUGUCUGCAGUUAUAAAAUAUCAGUUCGUGUUUAAAGGAGAUUCUGUGUUCAAUCAUCUUAACAGAAAUUUAGCCACGCAUGAUAAAUAUACAUAUUUACACACAGGUCUAUUCACUUUAAUUCUACUCAGUUUAUUUCUAUAGCGCCAAUUCAUAACACAUGUCAUCUCAAGGCACUUUACAGUUCACCGGAUCAUACAGUCAAAUUGAUUCAAAGUUUUCUAUCUAAGGAAAACCAGUUGAUUGCAUCGACUCACACUAAGCAUGCUUGUAGCGACAGUGGAGAGGAAAAACUCCCUUUUAACAGGAAGAAUCAGUAAUGUCUACAUAAUGAGGCUGGUGUUUCAUCUGAAAGUACUGGCCUGGAAAGGCUUACCUAUUAUAAUUGAUCACCUAAAAUAACUUCAGCUUAUGCCAGUAGUUUCUAUCAUAGAAUGUGGAUUACU